AUGGCUCCCUUCCACUUUCACGAAGGACCUUUCGGUGGUAAAAACAUCUUCAAAUUCAGAGCAACCUUCCAACAAACCGUGGAAUUCUCUGCCAACGUGGCUCGAACAGUCAACGGCACUAUACCGUUGGUCCGCACUAAGCUUCCGAAGGCUUCAAUAGCUAUGGCCAUGCAGAGCACAUUCGAAACCUUCCGUCGUGAGAAGAGCACUCUUAGGAUGGUUGAUGAGCUUUUUGUAUCGCUAGAAGAGCUCACUCUCGGCGUCUCGAUUCUCAACAGGCAGAAUCAUUGCAUUUGUUCAGACGAGCAUGACAGGGACACCGAAGCUCAUGACUGCAUGUUUUGCUGCAAGUUCAAGAUUUGCUCGAGUAUGGUCUGGAGCGGAGACGAGCGCUUAAUGUACCCAUCGCAUUUCGUGGACGGUGUGCCACCACACGAUAUGAUCGUCCAUUAUCGAGUCACCAAGAAAGCAUAUAACCUCGAGCCGCAGCUUCCUUUAGAGUUCCUGCUUGCGAUGAGGGAUGCCUUCCUUACCAACGACUGGCUACAAGGCACCAACUUCAAAGAUGCUUACAAGGGUGUCCGCCCAGAAGCACUGACGCCGAAUCACAUGAGCCUAUCGAUCGAUGCAGUCUUCCCUCUGCAUAAGUCAAACGACAACUAUUACGUUCAUCACGCCGGUAACGUUUGUUUAACCACUGUCUUCCCAAACUACCUCAAACAAGACGAUCUCCCGAUUGUGCUAGUGGCUGCAUCGGAUGCGCUCAAGUCAACAGCCCCCGGCAAGUAUCUUCCUCAAAUUGAGUUGGGUUCAACGAUCGGCUAA